AUGAAUGCACAGAGUAAUAAAUACACAAGUGCCUACAUCUGUGUCCGUUUAAGGUGAAGCAAGUUCGUUUAACCUUUAACUCAACUUCGAUCGUUAUACUGUCACUUAUAACAUAAAUGAAACGCCUUCUGUUCGACUUCGUAUCGUAUGAUCAACUGACUAGUUAAUUUUCUAGCAAGCAUUUUAAUGUUCAAUGUCAAUCAUGGAUAACAAACUAUAAUUUGCAUAAUUAGUCAUUUAAUAAAUUUUAUACUUAAAUGCACACGCCAUAACACUGAGGACAAGCUUCCUGACGGUGAGGAUCAGGUUCCUCACGGUGAGGACAAGGUUCCUCGCGCAGAGGACAAGAUUCCUCACGCAGAGGCCAAAGUUCCUCUCGCUGAGGUCAAGGUGCCUCACACUGCGGACUAGAUACCUCACACUGAGGACAAGGUUCCUCACGCUGAAGACAAGGUUCCUCACGGUGAGGACAAGGUACCUCACACUUAGGACAAGGUAUCUCACACUGAGGACAACAUUUCUCAACCUGAGGUCAAAGUUCCUCACACGCUGAGGACAAGGUACCUCACACUGAGGACAAGGUUCCUCAAGCUGUGGACAAGGUACCUCACAUUGAAGACAAGGUACCUCCCACUGAGCACAAGAUUCCUCACGCCCAGGACAACGUUAGUGACGUUGAGAACAAGGUUCCUGACGCUGAGGACAAGGUCCCUCAAGCUGAGAUCAAGGUUCCUCACGGUGAGCACAAGGUACUUCGCACUGAGGACAAGGUACGUCACACUGUGGACAAGGUUCCUCAUGCUGAGGACAAGGCUUCUCACGUUGACAGGACAAAGUUCCUCAAGCUUAGGACUAGGUACCUCACACUGAGGACAAGGUACCUCACACUGAGGAGAAGGCUCCUCAAGCUGAGGACAAGGUUGCUCGCGCUGAGGACAAGCUUCCUCACGCUGAGGACAAGGUCCCCACGCAGAGGGCAAGGUCCCUCAAGGAGAGGACAAGGUUUCUCACGCUGAGGACAAGGUAACUCACACUGAGGACAAGGUACCUCACACUGAGGACAAGGUUUCUCACGCUGAGGACAAAGUUCCUCACGCUGAGGAAAAAGUUCCUCACGCUGAGGACAGGGUUCCUGACGCUGAGGACAAGGUUCCUCACGCUGAGGACGAGGUACCUCACACUGAGGACAAGGUUCUUCAAGCUGAGGACAAGGUACCUCACACUGAGGACAAGGUUUCUCACGCUGAGGACAAGGUUCCUCACGCUGAGGACAAGAUACCUCACACUGAGGACAAGGUUCCUCACGCUGAGGACGGGGUUCGUCACGCUGAGGACAAGGUAUCGCAGGCUGAGGACAUAGUGCCUCACCCUGAGGACAAGGUACCUCACACUGAGGACAAGGUACCUCACACUGAGGACAAGGAACCUCACGCUGAGGACAAAGGUCGUCACGCUGAGGAUAAGGUUCCUCAAGGUGAGGACAAGGUACCUCACACUGAGGACAAGGUUCCUGACACUGAUGACAAGGUUCCUCACGCUGAGGACAAGGUACCUCACACUGAGGAAAAGGUUCCUCACGCUGAGGACAAGGUUCCCACAGUGAGGACAAGUUAGCUCACACUGAGGACCAGGUUUCUCACCCUGAUGACAAGGUUCCUCAAGAUGAGGACAAAGUUCCUCACACUGAGGACAAGGUACCCCUCACUGAGGACAAGGUUCCUCGCUCUGAGGACAAGGUUCGUCACGCUGAAGACAAGGAUCCUCACGCUGAGGACAAAGUUCGUCACGGUGGGGACAAGGUCCCUCACGCUGAGGACAAGGUUCCUCAAACUGAGGGCAAAGUACCUCACACUGAGGACAAGGUACCCCACACGUAGUACACGGCUCCUAGGUUCCUGACGAUGAGGACAAGGUUCCUCAAGCAGAAAACAACGUACUUCACGCUGACGACAAGGUACCUCACACUGAGGACAAUGUUCCUCAAGUUGAGGACAGGCUACCUCACGCUGAGGACAAAGUUCCUCACGCUGAGGACAAGGUACCUCACACUUAGGACAGGGUACCUCACACUGAGGACAAGGUUGCUCACGCUGAGGAAAAGGGACCUCAAGCCGAGCACAAAGUUCCUCACACUGAGGACAAGGUUCCUCACUCAUAGGACAAGGUUCCUGACGGUGAGGAAAAGGUUGCUCACGCGGAGGACAAGGUUCGUCAAGCAGAGGACAAGUUUCCUCACGCAAAGGACAAGGUUCCUCACUAUGAGGACAAGGUACCUCACACUGUGGACAAGGUUCCUCACGCUCAGGACAAGGUUCCUCACGGUGGCAGAGGACAAGUUUCUUCACGCAUAGGGCAAGGUUCCUCACUCUGAGGACAAGGUACCUCACACUGUGGACAAGGUUCCUCACGCUCAGGACAAGGUUCCUCACGGUGAGGACAAGGUACCUCACACUGAGGACAAGGUUCCUCACGCUGAGGACAGGUUUCCACAAGGUGAGGACAAAGUUCCUGGCACUGAGGACAAGGUACCUCUCACUCAGGACAAGGAUUCUCAAGCUGAGAACAAGGUACCUCACACUGAGGACAAGGUACCUCACACUGAGGACAAGGUUCGUCACGCUGAGGACAAGGUUCCUCACGCUGAGGACGAAGCUGCUCACGCUGAGGCCAAGUUCCUCAUGCAGAGGACAAGGUUCCUCACGCUGAGGACAAGGUACGUCACAAUGAGGACAAGGUACGUCACAAUGAGGACUAGAUUUCUCACGCUGAGGACAAGGUACCUCACACGGAGGACAAGGUACCUUACACUGAGGACAAGUUCCCUCACGCUGAGGACAAGGUUCCUCACGUUGAGGAAAAGUUUCCUCACGCAGAGGACAAGGUUGCUCUUUCUGAGGACAAGGUACCUCCCACUGUGGACAAGGUUCCUCACGGUGAGGACAAGGUUCCUCACGGUGAGGUCAAGUUACCUCACACUGAGGACAAGGUUCCUCACGGAGAGGACAAGGUCCCUCACACUGAGGAUAAGGUUGCUCACAGCGAGGACAAGUUUCCUCACGCUGAGGACAAGGUUCCUCACGCAGAGGACAAGAUUCCUCAUUCCGACGACCAGGUACCUCACACUGAGGACAAUGGACGUCACACUGUGGGCAAGGUUCCUCACGGUGAGGACAAGGCACCUCACGCUGAGGACAAUGUUCCUCAAGGUGAGGACAAGGUUCCUCACGGUGAGGACAAGGUACCUCACACUGAGGAUAAGGUUCCUCAAGCUGAGGACAAGUUUCCUCAAGCUGAGGACAAAGUACCUCACACUGAGGACAAGGUACCUCACACUGAGGACAAGGUUCCUCACGCUGAGGACAAGGAUCCUCAAGCUGAGGACAAGGUACCUCACACUGAGGACAAGGUACCUCACAACGGACAAGGUACCUCACACUGAGGACAAGGUUCCUCAAGCUGAGGACAAGUUUCCUCAAGCUGAGGACAAAGUACCUCACGACUGAGGACAAGGUACCUCACACUGAGGACAAGGUUCCUCACGCUGAGGACAAGGUUCCUCAAGCUGAGGACAAGCCACCUCACACUGAAGACAAGGUACCUCACACUGAGGACAAAGUCCUCACGCUGAGGACAAGGUUGCUCCGUCAAGCUGAGGACAAGCUACCUCACACUGAAGACAAGGUACCUCACACUGAGGACAAAGCUCCUCACGCUGAGGACAAGGUUGCUCCGGCUGAGGACAAGCUUCCCCACGCUGAGGACAAGGUCCUCAGACUACUGAGGACAAGGUCCCUCAAGGUGAGGACAAGGUUCCUCACGCUGAGGACAAGGUACCUCACACUGAGGACAAGGUACCUCACACUGAGGACAAGGUACCUCACGCUCACACUGAGGACAAGGUUCCUCAUGAGGACAAGGUUCCGCAAGCUGAGGACAAGGUACCUCACACUGAGGACAAGGUACCUCACACUGAGGACAAAGCUCCUCACACUGAGGACAAUGUUCCGCAAGCUGAGGACAAGGUACCUCACACUGAGGACAAGGUACCUCACACUGAGGACAAAGCUCCUCACACUGAGGACAAUGUUGCUCCCGCUGAAGACAAGCUUCCUCACGCUGAGGACAAGGUCCUCACACUGAGGACAAGGUUCCUCACGCUGAGGACAAGGAUCCUCAAGCUGAGGACAAGGUACCUCACACUGAGGACAAGGUUCCUCACGCUAAGGACAAGGUUCCUCACGGUGAGGACAAGGUUCCUCACGGUGACGACAAGGUUCCUCACGCUAAGGACAAUGUUCCUCACGGUGAGGACAAGGUUCCUCACGGUGACGACAAGGUACCUCACACUGAGGACAAGGUUCGGACAAGGUUCCUCAAGCUGAGGACAAGGUACCUCACACUGAGGACAAGGUACCUCACACUGAGGACAAGGUUCCUCACGCUGAGGACAAGGUUCCUCAAGCUGAGGACAAGCCACUUCACACUGAAGACAAGGUACCUCACACUGAGGACAAAGCUCCUCACGCUGAGGACAAGGUUGCUCCGGCUGAGGACAAGGUUGCUCCGGCUGAGGACAAGCUACCUCACACUGAGGACAAGGUACUUCACGCCGAGGACAAGGUUCCUCAAGGUGAGGACAAGUUUCCUCAAGCUGAUGACAAAGUACCUCACACUGAGGACAAGGUACCUCACACUGAGGACAAGGUAUCCUCACGCUGAGGACAAGGUUCCUCACGCUGAGGACAAGGUUCCGCAAGCUGAGGACAAGGUACCUCACACUGAGGACAAGGUACCUCACACUGAGGACAAAGCUCCUCACACUGAGGACAAUGUUGCUCGCUCCCUCCCGCUGAAGACAAGCUUCCUCACGCUGAGGACAAGGUCCUCACAUUGAGGACAAGGUCCCUCAAGCUGAGGUCAAGGUUCCUCACGCUGAAGACAAGCUUCCUCACGCUGAGGACAAGGUCCUCACAUUGAGGACAAGGUCCCUCAAGCUGAGGUCAAGGUUCCUCACGCCCAGGACAACGUUAGUGACGCUGACAGCAUGGUUCCUGACGCUGAGGACAAGGUCCUCACGCUGAGGACAAGGUUACUCAAGCUGAGAACAAUGUUCCUCACUGUGAGCCCAAGGUACCUCACACUGAUGAGAAGGUACGUCACACUGUAGACAAGGGUCGUCACGCUGAGGACAAGGAUCCUCAAGCUGAGGAGAAGGUACCUCACACUGAGGACAAGGUACCUCACACUGAGGACAAGGUGUCUCACGCUGAGGACAAGGUUCCUCACGCUGAUGACAAGGUUUCUCACGCUGAGGACAAUGUUCCUCACGCAGAGGACAAGGUUGCUCUUUCUGAGGACAAGGUACCUCACACUGUGGACAAGGUUCCUUACGGUGACGACAAGGUUCCUCACGGUGAAUUCAAGGUACCUCACACUGAGGACAACGUUCCUCACGGUGAGGACAAGGUACCUCACACUGAGGAUAAGGUUGCUCACAACGAGGACAAGUUUCCUCACGCUGAGGACAAGGUUCCUCACGCAGAGGACAAGGUUCCUCAUUCCGACGACAAGGUACCUCACACUGAGGAUAAGGGACGUCACACUGUGGGCAGGGUUCCUCACGGUGAGGACAACGACCUCACACUGAGGACAAAAUUUCCUCAAGCUGAGGACAAGUUUCCUCAAGCUGAGGAAAAAGUACCUCACACUGAGGAGAAGGUACCUCACACUGAGGACAAGGUUCCUCACGCUGAGGACAAGAUUCCUCAAGCUGAGGACAAGGUACCUCACACUGAGGACAAGGUACCUCACACUGAGGACAAGGUUCCUCAACCUGAGGACAAGCUUCCUCAAGCUGAGGACAAAGUACCUCACACUGAGGACAAGGUACCUCACACUGAGGACAAGGUUCCUCAACGCUGAGGACAGGGUUCCUCUAGCUGAGGACAAGGUACCUCCCACUGAGAACAAGGUACCUCACACUGAGGACAAAGCUCCUCACGCUGAGGACAAGGUUCCUCACGCUGAGGACAAGGUACCUCCCACUGAGAACAAGGUACCUCACACUGAGGACAAAGCUCCUCACGCAUUGAGGACAAGGUCGCCCUCAAGGUGAGGAGAAGGUUCCUCACGCUGAGGACAAGGUACCUCACACUGAGGACAAGGUUCUUCAAGCUGAGGACAAGGUUCCUCACGCUGAGGACAAGGUACCUCACACUGAGGACAAGGUUCCUCAAGCUGAGGACAAGGUUCCUCACGCUGAGGACAAGGUACCUCAAACUGAGGACAAGGUUCCUCACUCUGAGUACGGGGUUCGUCACGUUGAGGACAAGGUUUCUCAGUCUGAGGACAUGGUGCCUCACGCUGAGGACAAGGCACCUCACACUGAGGACAAGGUACCUCACACUGAGGAAAAGGUUCCUCUCGCUGAGGACAAGGCUUCUCACGCUGACGACAAGGUUCCUCACUGUGAGGAACAAGGUUCCUCACGCUGAGGACAAGGUACGUCACACUGAGGACAAGGUUCCUCACGCUGAGGACAAGGUACCUCUCACUGAGGAGAAGGUACGUCACACUGAGGACAAGGUUCCUCACGCUGAGGACAAGGUACCUCUCACUGAGGAGAAGGUACGUCACACUGAGGACAAGGUUCCUCACGCUGAGGACAAGGUACCUCUCACUGAGGACAAGGUACGUCACACUGAGGACAAGGUUCCUCACGCUGAGGACAAGGUACCUCUCACUGAGGACAAGGUACGUCACACUGAGGACAAGGUUCCUCACGCUGAGGACAAGGUACCUCUCACUGAGGAGAAGGUACGUCACACUGAGGACAAGGUUCCUCACGCUGAGGACAAGGUACCUCUCACUAAAGACAAGGUACGUCACACUGAGGACAAGGUUCCUCACGCUGAGGACAAGGUACCUCUCACUGAGGACAAGGUACCUCACACUGAGGACAAGGCUCCUCACGCUGAGGACAAGGUUCCUCACGGUGAGGACAAGGUACCUCACACUUAGGACAAGGCUACCUCACGCUGAGGACAAGGUUCCUCACGGUGAGGACAAGGUACCUCACACUGAGGACAAGGUACCUCACGCUGAGGACAAGGCUCCUCACUCUGAGGACUAGGUACCUCACCCUGAGGACAAGGUACCUCACACUGAGGACAAGGUACGUCACACCGAGGACAAGGUUCCUCACGCUGCGGACAAAGUUCCUCACGCUGAGGAAAAGGUUUCUCAGGCUGAGGACAUGGUAUCUCACGCUGAGGACAAGGUACCUGACACUGAGGACAAGUUUCCUCACGCUGAGGACAAGGCUUCUCACGGUGACGACAAGGUUCCUCACGCUGAGAACAAGGUUCCUCACGCUGAGGGCAAAGUUUCUCACGCUGAGGACAAGGUACCUCACAGUGAGGACAAGGUACCUCACACUGGGAACAAGGUACCUCACACUUAGGACAAGGUACCUCAAGCUGAGGAUGGGUACCUCACACUGAACAAGGUUCCUCACACUUAGGACAAGGUACCUCAGGCUUAGGACAAAGUACCUCACACUGAGGACUAGGUACGUCACACUGAGGACAAGGUUCCUCACUCUGAGGACAAGGCUCGUCACGCUGAGGACAAGGUUCCUCACGCUGAGGACCUCCACUGAGGAGAAGGUACCUCACACUGAGGACAAGGUUCCUCACACUUAGGACAAGGUACCUCACUUAGGACAAAGUACCUCACACUGAGGACUAGGUACGUCACACUGAGGACAAGGUUCCUCACUCUGAGGACAAGCUCGUCACGCUGAGGACAAGGUUCCUCACGCUGAGGACAAAGUUCCUCACGCUGAGGAAAAGGUUCCUGAAACUGAGGACAAAGUACCUCACAGUGAGGACAAGGUACCUCACACUUAGGACAAAGUUCCUCACUCUGAGGACAAGCUUCCUGACGUUGACGACAAGGUUCCUCACUUUGAGGACAAGGUAUUUCACACUUAGGACAAUGUACCUCACACUGAGGACAAGAUUCCUCAAGCUGAGGACAAAGUUCCUCACACGGAGGACAAGGUAUCUCAGACUGAGGACAAGGUUCCUCACUCUGAGGAGAAGGUUCGUUACGCUGAGGACAAGGUUCCUUACGCUGACGACAAAGUACCUCACGCUCAUUACAAGGUCCCUCACGCUGAGGACAAGGUUUUUUUGAUUGAUUGACAUCUUUAUUUAAAACACGAGGUCCAUUUCACAGGUUAAUGCUUACGCUGACGACAAAGUACCUCACGCUCAUUACAAGGUCCCUCACGCUGAGGACAAGGUUUUUUUGAUUGAUUGACAUCUUUAUUUAAAACACGAGGUCCAUUUCACAGGUUAAUGUUAUGUGCUCUUCAAUGGAGACGUGUACCUAUACUAGUCGACUAAUUACUAAUAAAAAAGUAUCAAACUAUUUACAAAGGUAACAAACUACACAUGCAAAGAAACUAAUAUAAAAGAAAUAUUAAGAUAUUUUAGAUUUAAACUCAACGAGAGAUUGAACUCUAGUGAGUUCGACGGGUAUGUCAUUCCAGAGGGUAGCUCCUCUGUAGGAAAAACUUUUCUUCAAGGAUUCCGUUAAGGGUCUUGGUACAAAAAGUUUAUGAUUAGAUCCACGCAAACUAUGUUCGUGUAUCAUUGACGUGGAAGUAAAUUUUCCAGACAAAUAACUAGGAACCAUAUUAUUAACAGUUUUGCACAUAAAAGUUUUGAACUGUUGGGUACGUCUGGUUUCAAGGCUGGUCCAAUUCAAUGAUGUUCAAAUAUCUGAUGACCGGAUGUUAUAAUCAGAUUCAGUAAUAAUUCUUGCGGCCCUAUUCUGUAAUCGCUGUAACCUUUGUCCAAGACCCUUACCUAGGCUAUCCCAGACAAUACUACAAUAAUCAAAGUAAGGCUGUGCUAAAGAGUUAUAGAUCAUGACUAGAGUUGACUGUUGGAGCAAUGGUUUUAGUCUUCGUAGAACUCCAAUCACCUUGAAGACUUUGGAGAUUAUAGUAGAAACAUGAUGCUCCCAUGUCAAACUCUCGUCCAUUUUUAAACCUAAACACUUAUAAGAUCUAGCUCUUUCAAUUUUGUUUCCGGCGAUAGCAAUAUUAGGUUCUUCAGAAAUAGUAUUUAAUUUUUGUCUAGAUGCCAUAAACAUACAUUUAGUUUUAAUCGCAUUCAGGCUUAGUUUAUUCUGGUUAAGCCAGUUUUGGAGAGUUUUAAGGUCGUCAUUUAGAACAGAAAUCAACUUGUCAGGGUUGCUGUCCGCAAAAGUCAAGUUGGUAUCAUCAGCGAAUAAACGCCCAUCUGAUACCAAUUCACUAUUAGCUAGGUCGUUUAUGUAUAUUAAAAACAGUAGUGGACCUAAGAUAGACCCAUGAGGAACUCCACAUGUUUCUUUGCGAGUAUCAGAUCGUAUGUUGUUAAUAACUGUUAUUUGAGUACGAUCAGAAAGAUAGUUUCUAAAAAGAUCAAUCGCUUCUUUGUUGAAACCAUAACAAGUUAACUUCUGUAGUAAAAUGUUAUGAUCAAUGGUAUCAAAAGCCUUUUUUAAAUCAACGAGUAUUUAUUGCAUUUAUUAACCCACUGUCCAUGUUAGAGUACCAUUUGUCAGUGACAUCAAGCAUAGCUGUUAACGUUGAGUGAAGAGGUCUAAAUCCUGAAUGUAUGUCAGAUAAAGGGUUGUUUUUGUUUAAAAAGGUAUAUGCUUGGUCAAAGACAACUUUUUCAAAAAUUUUUGAAACUACAGGAAGGACUGAAAUAGGCCUAUAAUUAUUCAAAUCUAGUUUUGAAUCAUGUUUAUAAAUUGCUGAUACCCUGGCACACUUCCAGUCAGCGGGAAUAAUUCCCUUGCGAGUUACUAGGUUAAUAAUGUGAGUAAGUGAAACCACAGUGGUGAAAUUAAUUAGUUUUAAUAAACGAACAGGAAUGUUAUCAAGACCGCUAGCCUUAGAAGUCGAUAAUUUAUAAAUUAGUCCAUCUAUUUGAGAUGGAGUAAUUUCAUGUAAUUCAAAAACUUAAUUACUUUGCGGAAUGUUAGACGAGGCCGCACCAGUUGUUGGAAUUUGUGCUGCAAAUUUAGGUCCGAUUUCAGUGAAGUGCUUAUUAAAAACAUUGCUAAUAGUUACUGGGUCAGUAAUUUCGAUUUCAUCUUGCAAGAUUUUUGGCAUAGUAGUUGAAUUUUUAGAUUUAGAAAGAAGACUGUUGAUACCAUUCCAAGUUUCUUUAGUUCGGCCUACGUUGAGUUGAAACAAAGAAUUAUAAUAUUGCUUUUUACUAUCUCUAAUUUUAAAGUUAACUAGAUUUUUAGCUGUUUUAAAAUUGACCCAAUCAUUUUCAUCUUUAGUAUAAGCUGCUUUACGCUUCAAUCAAUCUCGUUCCCAUAUUAAUUUCUUGAUAUCUACAGAGAGCCAUGGGGCAUAGUUUUUCCUUAUUCUUCUUUGUUUGACUGGAGCAUGCUUAUCAGCAACAUCAAGAAAUAGUUUUUUCCAAAUUUGCCAAGCAUUUAUAGGAUCAUCUAAGGAAACUAUGCACUGCAAGGAAUAGCAUCAAUGUCAUGCUUGAAUGAAGUUUCAUCAAAAUUUUUAUAACUGCGGGAUUUGAUAGUUAUAGGCUUAGAUUUAACACUGGAGUGUUUUCUGAUAGCAUAAAUUAAAUUAUGGUCGCUGAUGCCUAGAACUAUAACGCCCGCAGAAGUAAAGUUGUUCGGUUCAUUAGUAAGAAAGAGAUCGAUUAACGUGGAUGAGCUAUUUGUAAUUCUAGUUGACUCCUUAAUAAGUUGAGUAUAUUGAUAUGACUCACUUAGUUCGAAUAAAUGUUUAGUAUCAUUAUCUGCCAUAGAUGCACUCAUGUUACAAUUUAAAUCACCAAUGAUAUUAUUUUAAUACCAAGGAACUCGAUUUUAUCUAAAAUUACCUGAAGUUUGUCAAAGAGAUCCUUGCAAGUAUUAGGAGGUCUGUACCACGUUGAUAUUAGAAAUGGUUUAACUUUAGGUUUACUGAUCUCAACGCACAGAAACUCAAGGGCUUCAUCAUGAAGAUCAUUUCUGAGAUUAAAAUUAAUUGAAUUUCGGAUAUACAUAGCUACACCGCCUCCGUGUCGUGUUCGAUCGUUCCUAACUAAAGUAUAUUUAUCAAUUGAUAUUUCAGAAUUACUAAUAGUUUCAUCAAAACGAGUUUCGUUUAAGACCAGUAUACCUAAAUAUUGAUGUUGCAUGUUCAAUCUUAAUUCAUCGAUAUGCUUGGGUAAACUUGCAAUGUUUAGAAAAGCAAUUUUGAAGCCUCUGUGGUUAGGUAAGUUGAAAUCAGUUCGUUUGUGCGUAUUAGAAUCGCUUUUAUCAACAUUGGAAAAGGUUUUGUUAGACAUACCCGUCGCUACUAAUCAAUGAUUAAUAAUAUAAGACGAGAUUCAUUUAGCAAUAAUGGCAGUACCAUUCUCAGAAGGUUCCUCACUCUGAAAACAAGGUUGUUGACGCUGAGGUCAAGGUCCCUCGCGGUGAGGAAAAGGUUCCUCACGCAGAGGACAAGAUUCCUCACGCAGAGGACAAAAGUUCCUCAAGCUUAGGACAAGGUAGCUCACACUGUGGACAAGGUUCCUCAAGCUGAGGACAACGCCCCACACUGAGCAGAAGGUUCCUCACUCUGAAAACAAGGUUGUUGACGCUGAGGUCAAGGUCCCUCGCGGUGACUGUGGACAAGGUUCCUCAAGCUGAGGACAACGUUCUUCACGAUGACGACAAGGUACCUCACACUGAGGACAAUGUUCCUCAAGCUGAUACAAGGUACCUCACACUGAAUACAAGGUUCCUCACGCUGAGAACAAAGUUCCUCACGCUGAGAACAAAGUUCCUCACGCUGAGGAAGAGGUUCGUCAAACUGAGGACAAGGCACCUCACACUGAGGACAAUAUUCCUCAAGCUGAAGACAAGGUACCUCACGCUGAGGACAGGGUUCUUGACGCUGAGGAAAAGGUUCCUCACGCUGAGAAAAAGGUUCCUAACGCUGAGUACAAGGUACCUCACGCUGAGGACAAGGUAUCUCACGCUGAGGACAAGGUUCCUCUGGCUGAAGACAAGUUUCCUCACGCUGAGCACAAGGUACCUCUCACUGACGACAAGGUUCAUCAAGCUGAGGACAAGGUGCCUCACCCUGAGAACAAGGUGCCUCACACUGGGGACAAGGUUCGUCAUGCUGAGGUCAAGUUUCCUCAAGCUGAGGACAAGGUACCUCACACUGAGGACAAGGAUCCUCAAGCUGAGGACAAGGAUCCUCACGGACAAGGUUCCUCAUGCAGAGGACACGGCUCCUCACGCUGAGGGCAAGGUACGUCACACUGAAGACUAGAUUCCUCACGCUGAGGACAAGGUGCCUCACAGUGAGGACAAGGUACCUCACACUGAGGACAAGGUUCCACACGCUGAGGACAGGGUUCCUCACGGAGAGGACAAGGUACCUCACACUUAGGACAAGGUACCUCAUACUGAGGACAAGGUUCCUUAAGCUGAGGACAAGGUUCCUCAAACUGAGGACAGUUCCUCACUCUGAGGACAAGGUUUCUCACGGUGAGGACAAGGAUCCUCACGGUGAGGACAAGGUUCCUCACGCAGCGGACAAGAUCCUCACGGUGAGGACAAGGUUCCUCACGCAGCGGACAAGAUUCCUCACGCAGAGGACAAGUUCCUCAAGCUGAGGAAAAGGUACCUCACACUAAGAACAAGGUUCCUCAAGACAAGUUCCUCAAGCUGAGGAAAAGGUACCUCACACUAAGAACAAGGUUCCUCAAGCUGAGGACAACGGUCUUCACACUGACGACAAGGUACCUCACGCUGAGGACAAUGUUCCUCAAGCUGAGGACAAGGUACCUCACUCUGGGGACAAGGUUCCUCACGCUGAGGACAAAGGUCCUCACACUUAGGCGAAGGUACCUCACACUUAGGACAAGGUUCCUCACAUUGAGGACAAGGUUCUCACACUGAGGACAAGGUUCCUGACGGUGUGGACAAGGUUUCUCACGCUGAUUACAAAGUUUCUCACGCUGAGGACAAGGUCCCUCACGCUAAGCACAAGGUACCUCACACUCAGUACAGGUACCUCACACUGAGGACAAGGUUCCUCACACUGAGAACAAGGUUCCUCACGCUGAGGACAAGGUUCCUCAGGCUGAGGACAAGGUUCCUCACGCUGAGGACAAGGUACAUCACGCUGAGGACAAGGUUUCUCACGCUAAGGACAAUGUUCCUCUCGGUGAGGACAAGGGACCUCACAAUCAGGACAAGGUUCCUCAAGCUGAGGACAAGGUACCUCAAGCUGAGGACAAAGUAGCUCACACUGAGGACAAAGUACUCACACUGAGGACAAUGUUCCUCACGCUGGCACAAGGUACCCCAAGUUGAGGACAAAGUACCUCACACUGAGGACAAGGUUCCUCAAGCUGAGGACAAGGUACGUAACACUGAGGACAAGGUACCUCACACUUAGGACAAGGUACCUCACACUGAGGACAAGGUUCCUCACGCUGAGGACAAGGUUCCUCAACCUGAGGACAAGGUACCUCACACUGAAGACAAGGUAACUCACGAUGAGGACAAGGUACCUCACAAUGAGUACAAGGUACCUAUCACUGAGGACAAGGUUCCUCAUGCUUAGGACAAGGUUCCUCAAGCUGAAGACAAGGUACCUCACACUGGGGACAAAGUUCCUCACGCUGGGGACAAGGUUCCUCGCGCUGAGGACAAGGUUUCUCACGCUGAGGAAAGAUUUCUCGCGCAUAGGACAAGGUUCCUCACGGUUUGGACUAGGUACCUCAGACUGAGGACAAGGUUCCUCACGCAUAGAACAAGGUUCCUCACGCUGAAGACAAGGUACCUCGCACUGAGGACAAGGUUCAUCACGCUGAGGACAAGGUUCCUCACGCUGAGGUCAAGGUACCUCACACUUAGGACAAGAUACCUCACACUGAGGACAAGGUUCCUCACGCUGAGGACAAGGUUCCUCAAGGUGAGGACAAGUCUCACACUGAGGACAAGGUACUUCACACUGAGGACAAGGUUCCUCACUCUGUGGACAAGGUUUCUUACCCUGAUUACAAAGUUUCUCACGCUGAGGACAAGGUCCCUCACAUGAGUACAAGGUACCUUCUCACCUAGGAGAAGGUUCCUCACGCUGAGGACAACGUUCCUCACGCUGAGGACAAGGUUCCUCAGGCUGAGGACAAGGUUCCUCACGCUUGA